AUGGCUACGGAGCAGUUCGCUUUCCUGGUAAUAUCAGGUACUAUUCUCCUGUUUCUGCGGUGCAUUGGAAAGUAUGUGCAGGUUGCGAAGGAAGCUGAGCGUCAAGUGAAAUUCAGUGGAUCGCAACAGCUAGCUCGCCGGCUGGACCCGGAUGUGCAAGUCACAUACCUGAAUCGUAUCUGGAGCAAACUAUCAGUCUAUGCAGCCUCCAGGGGCUUCAUGUCGCCUGUCUUGGCGGCUCAGGAACCCGUGUGGAGCCUCGGUGCACUGGCUCGCAAUGAGGAUAAGAAUUCUUCCCGGUGA